UCCAACAUUUUCAGCGCAGAAAUUAGAACCUUUACAACCGAUAUCACAUCCGCGGCUCUGAAUUACGAUGACUUUAAGAGAAAAAUGUGUGAAGAAGACGGGUAUUUGAAUGAAGCCGAGUUAUUGGAGGACCCAGAAACCGAAGAAGAUGCCUCCUCAUCCUGGCAUCCCGGAAAGCCUUUGUCUUAUUCUACCGGCACAUUUAAGAAUGGCGCCAUUGGGCUAAGCAAUAUUGGGGUGAAGAGCUGCCUCAAUUCAUUGCUUCAGACUUUCUAUAUGAAUGAAGACUUUGCAGACAUUCUAUGCAGGAUUGGAGAGGCCACCGAUAAUGUGCCCCUCGAGAGGAGUUUUCCUUAUGAGCUGCUCGCCCUGUUUGAAGAAAUGCAGGAUAGUGAGGAAGACGCUGUGUCCCCGUACCGUAUCCUGAGCUGCCUGAGGACACACAAAGUGAGAUUAUUUAGCCCGUAUGAUGUUGCCGAGCUCUUCUCUACCCUCGUGAACCUAUUACUUGAACAGAUGCCUCACCCGUAUCUGGAAGAGAAGCUAAGAAACCUGUACACCAUCAGGCUAGAAGAAUCCAUGACAUGUCUCAAGUGUUCCAAUCAGAGGUCCAGUGACACGAAUCUGUUAACCAUCCACUUGCAAGUGUAUCACUCCAGGUAUCAUAGGACAAUGACGCUGGAACGAGGUCUCCGGAGGUUCUUCAAAACCAAGAAAGCUAGCGGUGGCGAGAGUUGGUGCAUCUGUCCGAAAUGUGGAGAGGACAGCAAGUCAGUGAAGGAUGAACGGUUGAGAUCUCUACCCCGGACUCUCACGGUUGAUCUGAAACGUAUCAGACAAAGAAAAUCUUCCCAGCUACAGAAGAUAAAUAGGACAUUAACCUUUCCACCUACGCUAGACCUGAGUGAAGUGUUGGAUCCAGAGCAUCUCCCAGAGCAGGAAUAUGCACAGUCCCAAUACAUUUAUAAUAUUUUUGCUGUAGUGGCCCAUUCAGGGACACCCAACUCGGGCCACUUCUGCACCUACAUCAAAAGCUCGAAGGACCAGAAGUGGUAUUGUUUCAAUGACUCCAGCGUGUGCCGGGUAUCGUGGGAUGAUGUGAAAUGUGCAUACGGAAACACGAUCUUCCACUGGGGUGUAACUGCCUGCCUGCUCAUCUAUAUACAGUCGGACGGAAAGUAAAUUUGUUUCUGCUGCGAAACUUAACUUCACAUCAUUUCUGGGGCGCUCGUGACCUUCAUUCGUCAUGGAAGUCCAUUCAACCCGAACACAACGGACCACCACGCAGAAUACACAUCAACACUUGCUCCUGGACAUGCGCAGGAAGGUGAUACAAACCAUUUCUCUGAUUACCUGAUCGUUUGGUGUACUCUCAAAUCCACGAGAGCAGACUUGGUGUGAGAUGAGGGCCAAUGGCUCCCUGGUUCUUACCUAUGGCCACAGAGGAACC